AUGACCAACGGGUGUAUCCUCCAAACCUUGCUCCUUCUGUGCUUUUCUACCACAGCCCUCUCCAUCAGCUACAAGGCGCUUCGACUCUAUCAAAGCAGCGGCAGUGUGACAUGCCAGGAGCUCCUGUUACAGCUGAAUGUAAGGCUAAGGCCCUGCCUUGAGGACAGGAUUAACUUUAAGCUCCCUGAGAAAAUCAAGCACCAACAGCAGUUCAAGAAGAAGGAUGCUGCCUUCCUCAUCCAUGAGAUGCUCCAGAAUAUCUUCUCUGUCUUUACAAAUGAUUUCUCCAGCACUGGGUGGAAUAAGACCAUUGUUGAGAACCUCUUUGGUGAACUCCAUAAACAGAUGGACCGUCUGGAGACAAUCCUGAAGGAAAAACCAGAAGAGAGCUUAGCCUGGAGAAACUCCAUGGCCAUUCUCCAUUUGAAGAGCUAUUAUCGGAGACUGCAAAGGUACCUGAAAGACAAGGAGUACAGCAGCUGUGCCUGGAUGGUGGUCCGAGCAGAAAUCAUGAGGAACUUUCCCAUCAUUAGCAAACUUACUGAUUGCUUUCAGAACUGA